AAAGGAACGUCCCCCUCUUCCCUCUGAAAAUAGUUGGCAUUGGCAACAUAGAAGAGGAAGAGAGGUGGUCCCUCUCGCACAUCAACACAAGGAGAUGACUGACAGCUACAUCAUCUGUAACCCUUACACUUAACUGCCUCAAUACGGAGUAUAUUUAGAGGUUUUCAUUCCCUUAAGAGCAUUAUACAUCAGACCGGAAACCUUAGCAAACCAACUACAACCCAAACGCCAAAUGAACGGAGCAGCAUUCCCUUCCCCUACGGCAGAGAUGGCGGAGAUGAACCGUAUCCAGUAUGAGCUGGAGUACACCGAGGGGAUCAGUCAGAGGAUGCGUAUCCCUGAGAUGCUCAAAGUGGCUCCUCAAGCCCACGAGGACCCUAGUCUUGGAUCACAGGAGCUCCUCCACAGUGUCAUAAUGCAAGUCCCUGAGAGGAUUGUGAUUGCAGGAGACAAUAGUGAUCCCCAGUUCACCAGACCCAGAGACCUGGAUUUAAUCCAGUCAACACCUUUAGAAACCCUGUCACUGAAGACUCCACCCAGAGUCCUCACCCUCAGUGACCGACCCCUAGAUUUCAUGGAAGAGGAGCAACGGACAGCUCCAGAAAGUGAUGAGGUGUUGAGGCCCCAAGGACGAUUGCGCCGAGAGCGCUCAGCUAGUGAGAAUGCAGCUGGCCGUCAUAGCAGUCAGCUGACACGCAAUGAUUCCACUGCGAACCCAUCUUCCCCAUCCACUGUGCACCCUUGCCCCCCUCUCACCGUGGCUGAAGAAGAACACAACCUGUACAGCGCUAGCGGUGUUUUAUCUUUCAUCCAGUCCACUACACGUCGGGCCUACCAGCAGGUCCUUGAGGUCUUGGAUGAGAACCCUCGCAGCAAACCAUCACUGCGAGGGGGGUCGGCCUCAAGCUCCAACCCCCUGCAUGAAUCCAGGCUUGCAUUAUCAACAUAUGAAGCCUCACUGGAUGGGGGACCUGAUGACAUGACUGUGGUUGAUGCAGCAACACUCCGACGUCAGCUCAUCAAGCUGAACCGGAGACUCCAACUUUUGGAGGAGGAGAACAAAGAGCGAGCAAAACGGGAGCUGAUCCUGUACUCAGUCACUGUAGCUUUCUGGCUCGUCAACACCUGGGUGUGGUUGCGACGUUAGAGCCAAGCCUGUAUUUCUGCCAGCGCCACAGAAGGGGAACGUACUAUACUUUAUUCUAUGUGUCAAAUGAUUGCUAAUCGCUGCACUCGGCCCGUGUGAGGAAGACCUCAACACGCGUAGAAGGCUUGUCACACACAGGGCAGAUUUUUGUUAAUUCAUUUAUUUAAUACAUAUACAGUUUUAUUUUUUUACUCUUCUGUUCAUUAUGUCUGUUCCGUUUUCUCAUGUUUUGUUUUUAUUACGAAUCUUCUUGCUUGAUGCUAAGCAUGACUUGUUGUAAAUACUUGUUGCAGAGAUAGUAUAGCUUGGUUCAUCAGAAUAGACAAUGGAGCUGCAAUGUGAAGGCGUAACUGAAGUUGAAUAUUUAUUGCAGAGAGUAACAUGUGGAAUACAGAACUAAGAAAUGUAUUACAAUUUAGUAAAACCAUACACAUGAA